CCUACCCGUUGGACCAAGUAGUGUGAUUGAGAAGGUUUCCAAAUACCCAACCACACAGACUACGGACAUUGGGAGCAGUCGUCGUCAAAGAAACGAGCUCAAAGACGAAGCUAAAUUGAAAACGAAUCCAUCUUUUUUCUCUCACGAACCGCCAUCACCACAUUCAAGCACCAAACCAACUCUUCACCCCUUACCCUUUUUCUCGCACACACAUCCCCAACCAUGGAGCAACACGGCACAACCCUCUUACCUCGAAUGGACAUGGGAGACGGGAACAUGGACGGACCGGCGUGUAAAAUUUCAAUGCUCUGGAACUGGUACACCAUCGAUGCCUGCUUCCUCCACCAGUCCUGGCAAAUCACCACGCGCGGCGCCUUCGCCGCCACCUGCAUCGGCAUCAUGUUGAUGGUCGUCAUGCUCGAGUUCCUGCGCCGGCUGGCCAAAGAAUACGACGAGUGGAUCGUCCGUGACUUUCGAAGACGGUCGGCCCUGAUUAGCGAACAACAGCGACGUCUGCGUCAACGGCAGGCUUCACCAUCAUCAUGUGGUACUGCGGAUGCAGCAGCAAAGACUGCUGGACUUUUGGCUACCACAACGUCCGUCCAUGUCACCACCGGGAAGAGAAGAGGAUACAUGGGGAGGAGAACAACAGCAACCACCCUCAAGUUCCGCGCCAGUCCGUUGCAGCAGCUGAUAAGGGCCCUGAUUCACGCCGUCAUGUUUGGUCUGGGGUAUCUGAUCAUGUUGCUGGCCAUGUACUACAAUGGCUAUGUGCUCAUCAGCAUCUGGAUCGGGGCGCUGCUCGGCAAGUUCUUGUGCGAUUGGUUGACGGUCAAGUUUGAGAUUCCUGGUGGGGAUGAGGAGGAGGAGGAGAUGAUGGAUGGUGGAUUCACCGAUGAGGUGCCGAGGCUGCAGGGCGUGGAGGAUGCCACUGUUUGCUGUGGUUGAAAAGCCAGACGGGAUGAGGAAGUUGAGGAUGGAAGAAGGGACGGAAGAUAAUGACGACUGCGAUGAUACCUCUUUGUGCUUUUUUCAUUUCCACUGUUGAUAAUCAAUGGACUGGGUUUAUACGCAACGCCGCUUGUUCGGUUUAUUUUCCUGUAUCUGCGUGGUUUCAUAGCAUGAUUUGGCUAAAAGUUUUUGACAACAUUAAAGAUCUGUAGAGGCUGACGGGCAAGAAGAGGAAAGGGCGGAAUGUCGCGGAGUCUCGCGUAAAGGGCUUGCAAAUCACGAGGUCACACUGGCCACAGGGCCAAUAUGGAAGCUGUCACUCACCUUCCUCUCAAGUCCUGUAGAUACUUGUUCCGGACUGCGGAAUGUACCUUCUCUUCUUUACCACCCUGAAUCACGGUUCGCCAUCAUUGGUCAAAUUUGCUCUUUUUGUUAUCACGUCUUGAAGCCUCUCCUGUUCUCUGAAUUGUUGGUAC